CAGCUGUUUUUCGGUGUUUUUCUUUCCAUCAACAUUUUCUGAAGCUGUUUACAAUUAUCUAAUCAUAAAUUAAAACAAAAACCAAUGUCCUGGCUAACAAACACAUUUCAAAAGGUUUGCAACGCUGCUUUAUUGGCAACGCGUAGCAAACCUCUGGACCUAGUUGCAACGGCUACGGGGGCAGUCCGUCAACUAUCCCAUGCCGAGCGCAGAGCACGCGGUCCCACUGUACGACGUUAUGGCUACAAGGAUAAGAUUUUCAAGAGCGGUCUACUGCCGCAUGUUGACAAUGGCCAAAAGCUACCCAUGCCCGUGUAUCGGCCCAAAAAUGCCUGGAGUCAGAAGCGGGCGUUGUUUGGACAAAACGAUUACAUCGAUAUACUAGGCAAUGAUCGGCUACAUCCCACACGAGUGCUUUACUCAGUUCCCUCGUGGUUACGCGGCGUCUCGGGCAAUGAGUAUCAAGUAUUGUUGCGCAAACGUCGUCUGCUGGAGAAGACCAAAUAUCCCUUGGCUCGCCCUACUAAAUGGAGGGAUAUGGAAAAACGCAUCUUAUACCUGUACAGAUUCCUUAAUCGCAAGACCAAAACAGGCUACUCUACGCAGUAAUAAAAAGUUAAGCUUGAGAAGUGGAUAAUAAUAAAGAAA